CACAUUGUGGGAGUUCACGGAAACGUUCCGCCUUUUCUCCAGUUAUUGUGGUCUAGUUAUUAUGCCUAGUGUCAUGGCAAUAUCUCACGAGUUUAAACCUGUAUGACGAUCAGGAGAGGGCAUUGUUCUUGAACACCAGGACAGGGUUUCACCCAGACACGCCAGUGCUGUAAGCGUCUUCUUAAAUUUCAUCCUCCACAGCUCCGCUAUGGCCUCAACCGUCCCGGCUCUUCUGCUCCUGCUUGCCGUUUUAGUUACGGCGACAUUCGCUGAUUAUGAAUGCAAGAGCUACGUAACCAGUGGUGGUGCAUUCAAGCCCUCCAUCAACUGCAAUUUUUUGCAGUUUUGCUGUGGGACCUGUGAUGACAGAUACUGCUGCUCCAAUGUGGCGAAGAUCUUAACCGAAGACGCUCAAGACAGUUGUUUUUUCAACUACAACAACAUUAAGCCUAUCGCUAUAGGUGUAACAGUAGCGGGGGUUGCAGUCAUUGUAAGUUUCUUCUUCAUCUGCUGCGUCUGUCCCUGCUGCUGUCUCUACAAAAUGUGCAGAAAACCUAGACCUGUGAUGGGAGCAACAACAACUACAGUCAUAACACAAUACCCUCAGCAGCCUGUUAUCCAGGGAGCUCAGUACCCACCAUACCAACCUGCGCCCCCUCAGUCAGGGUAUGGCACUCAGCCAGCAUAUGGAGGGCAACCCAUGCCAACUGGACCAUAUCAGGGACAGCCAUAUGUAGCAGGACCAGUACCCCCAUAUCAGGAGGCUGGAGGCCCAGGAUAUCCUGUUCCCUACAGUCAGGCAGCAUACCCUGAACAUCCACCAGUUCAGCCGGGUUUCACUCAUCCACCUCCACCAACAGACUACAGCUCGAAUCAGCCAACCUACAACCCCUCGUAUGUGGAUCCACCAAAGAUCGGUUACUAAACCACAACCGUCUGACACAUCAGUCACCGCUGGAUUGUGGAUGGCUACGUAAUUCUCUGAACAGGUUUUAGAAAAAAGUGCUAAUGUGGAUUGUACAGGUACUGUGGGAAGCAUCCAAUCGUGUUGGGAAUAAAAUUAUAAUUGUGGUUCAUUAUUAUUAUUGGCAUUUUUAAAGGGAUAGUUCACCCAAAAAUGGGUUAUUCUGUCAAUUCUACUCAUCCUAAUGUUGUUCCAAACUCGUAUGUAGGGUUACUCCGAUACCAAAUUUUGACUUCGGUACAAUAUCAGCCCUGGUACCUCAGUAUCGAUACUAACUCGAUACUUAGGCAAUAAAUUAAAAAAAAGUAUUUAAGAUUUUUGAUGAAAUUACACUGAAAAUUAAUUGACUAAAAGAACUACAUGAUGUCUUAUAGAUACAAAUUAUGUCUUUUCUUUUUUUACAUACUGUAUAGCUUUAAUCUAAUGAAAAUACAAUCAUUUUCAACAAUAUAGAGCCAAUAAUAAUAUAUAUAUAUUUCUGGUAAAAAAAACAAAAAAGAUGCACAACAGAGCUUCACAGGAUUAAUGAAAACAUUAAAUGAAAACAAUCUGAUUACCUGAGGCUGCCAUGGCUGAAUCACAACAUACUGAUAUUCAGUACACUUGCUUUUGUGAGAUUGCUUACAGAUAAUAAUAUUAAUAAUAUAACCAUUUAAUAUUAUAUUAUUGUUAUUAUGAGUAUUAUUGUGACUACUUUGAAUAUUACACUUUUAUACAGUAGUAAUAUGUUUUUGCCGUAAUGUCUUCAAUUUCAUGCAUCUGGUUGAAUAGAGUUGUUAUUUCAGUGGGACUUUUAUUUUGAAAGACUUUUGAAGUUCUUCCUGUUUGUGAAGGGUUAAUUAUAUCAAGCUUCCCACAACUCAAGAGCUGAAAUCUCCGAGCUGCAAUGGUCAUUUGAGAGUUCACAGCUGAUUAUACACUAAACACACUGCUCUGUGCCUCUGCAGAUGGAUACUACUGGACACACUACAUGAAAAUCAAGCAUUAGUAGUGCGUGUUGUGUUUGUGUGCGCGCCUGUGUGUAUGUGAAGGAGAUGACUGAGCAGGACAUCCUUCUGCUGUUUAAUGAUCACACUUGGCCGUAUCGAGACUUUUUUAAUUAUUAUUUUCAAAUGGUCUUUGAUUUCAUCUCAAAACUCUCAUAUUACUUUACAUUUUGCUAAUGGCAGCAUACUUAAAUAUGGUACCGAAAUUAACAAGAAGAUGAUAUUGUACCGUUUAAAAUUUUUUGGUAUUGCGAUAUUUCGUUAGUACCGGUAUACCGCGCAUCCCUACUCGUAUGACUUUCUCUCUUCCAUGGAACACAAAAGGAGAUGUUAGGUACUGACAGACUCCUCAGUCACCAUUCACUUUUGCAAUGAAAGUGAAUGGUGACCGAGGCUAACAUUUUGCCUAACAUCUUUUUUUCCGUUGUUCCACGGAAGAAAGUCAUACGUUCUUUGGUGAGUUUGUAGAGUAAAUGAUGACAGAAUCUUCAAUUUGACGGGGACUAUGUAAGUCUUUUUACACACCAAUGUCAAUUCCUUUACAUAAAUAUAUAUUUUAUCUACUCCAGCCAUUAGUCGUGACUCCAAGCCAUAUUUUGAGUUCAGUUUGUUCUCAUUUUGUUUUUCUGUAAGCAAAAGGGAAAUGUUUUUUUUUUUUUUGGCCAAAGAAUUGCAAAUGCAUUGCAAAAAAAUCUUAAAAAAACUUGUAGUGAAAAUUGCUAAACAUCCUUAAAACAAGAUAUUAUAUAUCUGCAUAAGAUAUUAACACUUGUUUUCAGAGAAUAUACAGUAUCUUGAAAAUGUUUUGUUUCAGAAUUGAACCUCUAAAUAUUUUAGCCUGUUUUUAAGAUUUAUGCAUUUAAUAAAAUUCCAAAAAGAAAACUUAAUAUAUAUAUAUAUAUAUAUAUAUUUGUGCUUAUUUUGUAAAUUAUUACGCAAUUCAAUUUGUUGGAACUUUUUGUGAAAUUGAAAUACAUAAAUUAAAAAAAAAAAAAAUUGUUUUACCCCCAAUGGUGCAAGAAAUCUUGAAUACUUAAUUCAAGAUAUAUUGUCUGAAAACAAGUGUUAUUAUAUUACACAAUUUUGCUUUUCAAGUAAAUCAGUUUUAAAUAUAUUGAUAUAUUAUUAUUGGAAAACAAGACAAAAAUGCUGAUUAAGAAUGCUCUUUUUUGUUUUUUGCAUUGCAUGACUUUUCCUAAGAUGCCGUCAAUGGCCUUAAUUAUGAGGCUCAUUAGCUUCAUUUCACCCUAAGAAUUUGCACAAAAUAUCUUGACACUUUGAGGAUUGUGGUCAGUGAACUCGAAUGAUUAACAUGAUUACAGCAUGUUGUUUUUAGGUGUUGUAUUUUCAUCAUAUUCAGGUUUAUGCGUCUGUGAAUGUUCUUUAACAUCUAAUAUGUUUAAAUGUGUUAUCAUGUACAAAGAUCCAGAAUAUGCCUUAUUUAAUGCAGCUUAGCCAGCAAAUUACAUGUUAAUAACAGUUACUCACUUUCAUUCCAAACCCAAAUGAGUCUCUUUCUACUGUGAGGGAAAAACUGGUAACCAAAAAAAAACAGUGGUGUGGUUACAUUAAAGGAAGGUGUGAACAUGCUUUAUAAAUUUCCCUCACAAGUUCAUGAGCAUUUGAAAUUUAAAAUGAAAGGCACAUGCUCACUUUAAUUCCUUAAAGUGUCUCAAGGUUAGAAAAAAAGCUUUAAAAUGUUGCUUGACUGCCCAUUUUUGGCUUCUUUAAAGGCUGAUGACCCUUUUGGUCUUCCAUAUUAUAUUCUCAUUUGGCAGUCAUAUUGUUCCUCUGUGCGAGCUUUCAUAAAUUCUUUGUUGGUGUUGUCAGGUCAUGUUUUUAUAAACUGUAUAAAUGUUAAACUGAUGUACAAUUGUUUACAUUACAUGCAUCUCCAUGUUUGCAACAGUAAACGUUUUGGAACCAUUA